AUGGAAACUCGUAACGUAUCAAAAGGAUCAAAAGGAUCUAGGAAAUCCACGCAAGAGGAGUUAUUAGCUGCAUCUCAUGCCGUGGAACAAGAACUCAACGCAGUGAAGGCGUUGAAGCGGCUAUCGAUAGGAAACAGCUUGAACUACGAUCCAGACCUUCCCUUCAAUGAAGCGGAAAAGCAGGAUUUUGAUAUCAUUGACAUACACAACGACAAAGAAAAUGAGACACCUUCGGCCGACGAUGAUCUGGACCAAGAGAACGUGAUUUUGGACUCCAACAAGUUCAUGUGGGUGCCUGCGACCGCGCACCCUCAGCUAGCCCCUGAUAAGUUCAGAAAACACGUUCAGGCAACCGUGGACGAAAUUACUUCAAAGCUCCAGCGCUCCUCUUCCUCGCGUUCAUCAUUGUCGUACGAAUCCCGUGACCCUGGCUCCAACUCUGAGUGGUCAACGGAACCACAGAUAUCCGAGCAUGGGCUUGGUAGGAAACCGUCUAUUAAACAGCUCACCGCAGAGCUGGCUUCGUUGUCCCAAAUGGCCGGUCUGGACGACACCGACGCGGUUACUUUGGCCCGGACAUUGUCAUCAUCAUCGCGGCGAAUAAAGGAGAAUCUGGACUUUGAGUCGUCAUUAACCCGUGCGUCGUCCACCUCCAGCGCAGAAUCCGAUCUGAGCACGCCCGGUACACAAUUAAAGAGAUCAAAAUGGACAAGAUAUAGAAAAGGGUCCAAAUCGUCACGGUCCUCUCCGAACACAUCUCCGAAUCUUACGAGAUCUGAACCGUCACCAUUUUCCGCCACUAAAACAGAAACAACACCAUUUUCCGCAAAUUACAGGCCAGAGAGUCUUCCUCCCGCGGCUGGGAAGGUACCUAAGAGCUCGCUCCCCCCUGUUCCUGUGGAAAAGAAUUCUCCUUUACCGCCUCUACCUACAGAAAAAAGCCCACCAGCACCUGCAUCGCCUGUGAAAUCGCCCCCUUCGACCCCAGACAAUCACGAGGAGCGCAAGUCAGGCCGCAAGUCAAGCUGGACUUGGCUAGGUGGCAAGGACAAAGAACGGGAUAAAUAUGAGUCCAAAACGGAGAAAGAACGUUCACCACCAAACCAUACUCGGAAUAGACACGGAACUGCCGUCGAUGUCAGUCCGGUGGAAAGCCCACAGUCUAUUCUACCCUCUCCGCCUCAUGAACCUGAAAAGGAAAAAGAGAAAGAGAAGAAGAGUCUGAGUGGAUUCUUCAAACUUAAAAAGGACAAAAUCAAACCAUUAGAGAAAUCAACAAUCACAGAACUUUCUUCGGACUCUGACAAUGAAAGCAUUACUGACAAACGACUAGUUAAUUACAGGAAGAAGAAAGAAGGGGUCCAAACCGAGUCGGAACUUCCUGUCCAACAACCUCGACCUUCAUUAGAAAGAAAUGAAGCCUCGCCUGAAGAUUCGCCUAUUAACGCUGUUUCCGAGACGAUCAAGCAAACUCUCAUGUCCCAGAAACGGAAUCAGAAACCGAACCAGCCUCUGAAGAUGACAGACUCUGCUUUUGGGUUCCCUCUUCCUCCAAUUUCUCCAUCCACCCUCGUGAUGUUGAAUCACAGAUACCCUAUACAUGUGGAGCGAGCAGUUUACCGUUUGAGUCACCUAAAGCUGUCCGAUCCUAAACGUCCGCUGUACCAACAGGUUCUUUUGAGUAACUUCAUGUAUGCUUACUUGAACCUGGUGAAUCACACGUUGUUCUUACAGCAGCAACAGGAAGAGAUUCUCACUCAGCAACAGCAGGUCGACGAAGAUCAAUUUGGCGAGUCUGUCGAUGAAUAUGCAUUCAAUGACGUUUACGGAAGCGGGUAUAACGAAGAGCUGGUUUAUGAACAUUAA